AUGAAACAGCUUCCUUUGGAGAUUGAAAAUUUUGAAGAGGCGCUCAAUACCGUGGAUAAUAGGUACAAUGAGUGGUUCAAGUCGCGCGCACCACUCUUCCAGUUCCUCGCCCUUCUUUCUAAUAUGUUGAGUGCAGGGUACGGUUUUCCCCUGGCGGCAGAGACCAGGCGUCAUUCUGCAGCCUUAUACGCUAUCGCCGAGGAACGUAACAUCCGAAGAGAGUUAGGUACAGAACGGGAAAGACUGUCGCAUCAAAAACAAGCCAUGACACAACUCGAGGCGGACAUCAGUCGAUUGGUACGAGCCAACGACGGAAGGAUAGAGCAAUGGAGAGCAAACGUCGAGAGCGAGUCUACGGAUCAAUGUCCACGGUUACCCGCGUUGCGAACAUAUUACGAGGACCUGAUCGAGUAUACGCAAAAUUCCUCUGAACGCUUGAUUCAAGCCAUGAAAAAAGUGUCGACCACCGCCAUCGACAGCGAAGAGUCUAUGGUUUUCAAUGACCUCGAACAACAGUCGUCGCUCGUCUGCUACAUUCAAAACCGCAACCACUUGCGCGCGCAGUUGGAAAACGCUAAGAAACAACGUCUCAAAGUAGAGCGGGUCCGCAAAGAAGUACUCCACACAAUGAAUUUCUUGGGAAAAUCAGACCCUUUAGAGACGAUUCACGUCGGUCCGUUUUCGGCGUAUCAGGGCAAAGAAGAUACAGAAUGAAUAUUCUUCCGCCAGACCGUUCCGAUUAUCUCUGCCCGUCGACGAGGGAUCAAUUCGACCGAUAUUUGUCCAUCACCAAUACUAUCGUACAGGCUUCACCACGUUCCCUCGAUUGCCAAGAUCCAGGCGACCUUCAAUUCAAACGGAGACCCCGUAAGCUUCGCAAGACGGAACAACGAGCUCCUCCAUCGACAAUUCCAGAGAGCAACAGACUUCAUGCCACUGAUGAUGCAAAUAAAAUGCGAAGGAGACGCAUCCUGCAUACGGCCUGUGCAACGCUGACAAUUCAACCGACCAGUAUCGAGGACGCGGCGUUCCUAGAAGAAUUGGUUAAGGAUGCCGACAAGUGUUUAGACUAUGCCGAAUGGUUUCAGAGAUACAAGACCGCGACGAUCAAGCGGUUUGUCGGUGGUGACGGAGAAUGCGACGACGAAACGGUUCGCGACGUCAGGCAUCUUCUAAACAAUGUCUCAGUGCAUUGUCAUCUAGAAGCCAUGGCACCCCUAUUCCGAGAUGAAGCUACAGCCGAUGGAUGGCAUGUUCCCACUUCUUUAUCUGUCGUCGGGCGUCCAAUGACUCGCGAGCACCUCGAACUCGCCUUGUGUUUUAAGCGACGCGGGGUGUACAAUCCCAUGCAUUUAAGACCAUGCCUCGGUUGGCACGGAGAUUGCCUUGCCGUCCAAAUUCACGGAAAGCGACCUUUCGAAAUGCCACCCUAUCGCACCUUGACCGAUUAUCUCGACAAUAACGAUUACCAUAAGCACGAGGUACGAUGGCACUGGGGUCAGCCCAUGUGUGUCGUAUGCCGGAUCCAGUCUAUCCACUUUCCUCUCUUGACGAGGAAAGGUUGUGAGAUCAAA